AUGACCACCCUGCCCUGCUGGGACCCCCUGACCCUUUGUGAAAUGGGAGCCGGCCCUAGCGGUGAUGGUUCGUUCUGCUGUGGGAUAACAAUCCACGGGACGCCUUGCAAAAACACCAUACGGAUGAAAGAGCUGAAGACAGGCCGGGAUGACCUGAAGUGUCUCUCUUUUUAUCCGUUUGAUUCUUCGGAUCUACAACCUUUGCUUUGCAGUAUUGCCAAGAGCUUCCUGUGUACACGAUGGCACCGAGCGCGACAAGCAGAGUCUCUAGGGAAGCAGUGGUAUGAUACGGCUAUGCGUAAUUAUGCCAUAUGGGCUCUAUCCCCUGCUGAUCCUCAGCCUUCAUUACCGGUAUCGUCUUUGCAUGGUAUUGGAUCAGAACCUGCUCCCGAUACAUCCCUACUGGACGGAGACGGGUCUCUACACUCAGCCGAAAACGAAGCCGUGGAAGUCUCAUCCAUCGAGACGUCGAUAGUCACCGAGGAAUCACAGACCACCGAACCGUAUAUCUCAACCACCAUGGUCCGAGCAGAUUAUGUUCCACGGGACGUACCACCUACUCAACCAGCUAUUCCCCCAUGUGCUGGCGAUAUCCGUGCCGGCGUCGGGGAACUGCAAAUCGCAAGUGUCAGUCUGAGUGAUGAGGUUUCUGAAAUUCACUGCACGUUUUGCUUGGCUGAAGAUGGCGAUCAGGCGGAUGAGUGUGUGGUAUUACGGUGCAACGAAUGUACAAGCUUAGCCCACUUGGUCUGCGUGAAGGAGUGGCUGGAGAAAAGGGACUCGGGAUUCGAUCAAUCUUGCUGCGUGUGCCGAAGAAGAGGGACAUUGGAUGCGCUGGUCCGUUCACCAAGGGUGCCUCUGGCAUCUGGUGCAUCCGAAGGAUCAUUCACGGCUUCAGUUGAUGAAAACACACUCGGCCCCGUAUAUCCCGAUAUUUCGAGUCUGAUUGACGGACAACAAUCCGAGCCGGUGGUGACGAGACAAUCAUCUCGUAGAUUGAUGGAUCAAGCCGUGAGACAAGGUACCCGUCGGUCGGCUAGACUGGCAAUCCUACCGCACCACAGCCGCGGAGAGCCUCGCCGGUCUGAACGAUUAGCCGGGCAGCGUCGUGGCUGA